AUUGCCUAAAUUGUAAAACGUUGGUUUAAAAGCGGCCGUGUCGGUCAAACCUUCAGUACUGUUCAAGGUACUACACUACUUGAUUCAAAAGAUGUAUUUUAAAGCCUUGUUUCUUUUCUCGUGCAUCGUUGCCGCAUGUUGGCCGGCCAAAGUCAAAUUCAGCGGUAGGUAUUGAGAUUUCGCUUGUGUCUGGUGUCUAUGUCUUAUUAAAACUUCCCAGAUAGUGGCCGCUAUAACUUGAAUUUAACUUACUGUAAACCACACUAAUCGUGACAGAAUUCCACUUAGUCCACAAGCAAUGAAUAUGACGCACUGCCCCAGCAGUCUUUUACAUUUAAAUUUGAUCAAUUGUUUGCAUUAUUAACUAGCAAAAUAGUUCGUUUUGUCUUCAAACCACGAGAUACGUACCAGUUUCCUAAACUUAAGGCGCAAAAUUUUACCUUGACUUACGCUUUCCAGAAAUGUUGAUUUAAAAAAAAAUCGUGAACAUGCAUAACAAAAAGGAGGGUACGUUUAUCCGGAAAAAUCAAAAAGGAUUUUGAGCUCUUUACUGGAAAAUUAGGUGUACGAGUAGAUUUAUUAGGCAUUAGAUCGACGCAAUGUACUGACAUAGAGGUGCCGACAGAAUCAAUCGGUCCUUUUUCAUUUUCAAAAUGUCUGUAUUGUUUCCUUUAGCAAUGAUUUCCAUCUCAACUCAAUGGAGUUUAAAAUAUCCCAAUUGCUGCUAGUAUAGUUUCGGUGUUUCAAGGGGGCGUAGACAACGGCACAAUUAAGUCAAUAAAUCUCAUUUCAUUUAGUCUCGUUAACACCCAAAAAUGCGUUUUAAAGCUUCGUCUUGUAAAGGUACGGAAAAACGGGCAACAAAAAACGUGCAACUUGUCACGCAACAUCGCUGCAAAACGAGUUGAAUAGCGUUGUUGCGCGUUUACCACCCAGGGGGUUCAAACCUGUUAAUAACCUGAUUUGUUGCAAAACAGGUUUGAUGUGGGUGGUAAAAUGCGCAACAUCGCUAUUCAACUCGUUUUGCAGCAAUGUUGCAUGACAAGUUGCACGUUUUUUGUCCCCCGUUUUUCCGUACCUUAAGUUUGAACAAAACUGGACUGUGAACCUUCGUCUAUCAAUACAGUGGAACCUCUAUUAAGGGGACACCCAUCGGACCGAGGCAAGUGUCCCUUGAAUAGAGGGGAUCGACACCUCUGUUCUGGGGUUUUUUAAUUAUUAGCUAACGAAGUCAAUAAUUUUAUUAUCCUGCCUCAGAAUCUGCUGCAGUCAUAAUUAUUUCAAGCAGCUAGAAGGCAUGAAGUGUAAAGAAACGAGAUAAGCUUUUCUCGGCGAAAUUGUGAGUUGAACUCCCACAAGUGCAGUACAUUGAUUUAAGUGAGAAAGUUCAUGUUGUGAAAGCUGUCAUCAUGGUGACCUGUGCUCUUUGUGGUCAAUCAUGCCGAGGUGUCCCCUGAAAGGGGCCCAGAAAAAGUGUCCCUUUCCCCUGAAUAGAGAUGUCCUUUCAACAUAAGUAACAGUUACAAAGAUUAUGUGUUCAUUUUUCAGGGACAAAGUUUUGUGUCCACUGAUUAGAGGUGUCUCUUGAAUAGAGGUGUCCCAAAAGGAGAGGUGUAUUUUGAAUAAGGAAAUUUAUGUUCAGAAUGAUAAUAGAGAUUUACUUUCCUUGUCAUUCUACAAAGAACUAAAUUGUCAGAGCGUUCCUGCUCCGAACAAUGGUGUACUGGACUGCGAAAAGGAAGGGAAUAGUCAGGCAGUACGAUGUCAACUCAAGUGUAACCAAGGUUAUGACGUCACAUACCUUGCUGCUGAAUACUAUGUAUGCAACGAGGACGGAAGCUGGUCCGCUGAACCGUCAUCAGCGGGCACGCAAUGGCCGGACUGUAAAAUAUACAGGUUGGUAUAAUUAUUUUUUGGUGCCGAAUUCUUUUUGUCCUUUAACGUAACCACAAUGGCGGCAUCUCAGUCUUGCAAUACAAGUAUGCCUGAGAAUUUCAGGAACAUCUAUGGGAAUAUCGUAAGCAUAAGAAAAGGUAUAGCCCUUAUUGCCAUGCGUUUUGUUGUUGCACAGGUACGACAAUUCGUUGUUUUUUUUUUACAUAUUUUUUUAAGUAAACAGAAAACACUUGAAUCAGUGUGGAGAACAAAAAGAAGUAAGUUUCUUAAUUUACAAGCCCUAUGCUUACUUCGCCGGUCGUUCUUCCUCUGGUUUACUAACAAAUCAAAGAUUGCGACUGCUCACAAGCGAAUAGCGAAAGAAACGAAUUUUUUGCGACGGGCUAGUCAAUUAAUCAUAAUAUAAACAAAAUACUCUCACUGUUUCAUUUUGUAGUCCAGGUUAUAUAAGGAGUCUAUUUGUCAUAUGUUAUAUUGUUCUCAGUAGGCCCGAGUUCGAUUCCUGACCAGACCAAUGAGACAUCACGGCGGUCAUGUUGGUGUUCCAAACCCCAAAUUUAUUAUGUAAACGCUCUCCUUUGUUUCAAUAAAUUUGCAUAGAUGCUGGUCACGUGAGUGAAAACGCCCUAUACCCUGAUAGCUAUGUAAUAUGAACAGUCCCAGUCCUCACUCCUGAAGAUUUGUUUCCGUAUAAGAAGGGUUCCAGUCCUCGCUCCCACUUACUCACUUCCGCUACGGUGUCAAUACCUGUUUACACUGCAUGCACCACAAGUGUUGCACAGAACCUUUCUAAUAUGUCACGCUCCUCUUUCGAGAUCGACGCUGCGGGGUUUCACUGCGUUACAGAAAUCGCACCGAAAUCAUCAUUCUUAUACGUGAAUAGAAGCCCUAUCCGGUCUAGUCAUUUUAUGUACCCACACAGCAGCUAUCCGAUAUAUUGUGAACACAGCUUUAAAAUAACUAAGGAGAAGGUGCUGACUUUGUUUCACAUUUACAAUUGGUUAGACCGUACAGUCUUCUCUCCCACAGUAACUUUCACUUACGUGUAAUUCGACUGACUCUACUGAACGUAAAAAACCACGUGGAAAAAGACUCUCAUUCAGUGACCACAUGCACGCUGCCUGAGAUGAAUAAGAGGAGUAACGUAUUCUACAUUGUAAUUAAAUAAUUGUAAUUUGUUUACCCAAGGAGCACUUAGGAGUUCUUAGGAAACUCGUUGAAACGUGUCUGUCGAAUCGAAUUGGGGUUUGGAAUUGUUGGUUUUUAAGGAGAGGGGGAAACCGCAGCACCCAGAGAAAAAACCUCUUAGAGCAAGGGAGAGAACCAACAACAAACUCAACCCACAUGUGGCGUUGUGGUUAAUUUCUUCUGAAGAUGUUUGUUGGAACAUACGAAACGUCAAUUUAAGGUUUUUUUCUUUCCACAAUUGCGUUUAUAUUUCCUUAUGUUUAUCACCGCAGUUUGCUUUUUGUUUCUUCUUAAGCUGAGAUGGCCAAAAAACAAGAGUAUCUACUAUUGAAAAUUAUUGACUAUUGACUAUUCAAGGGCCUUUGUGGCUGUCUUUAAACAGGGUAUGAGAUUAAAUAUAGCUGCUUUGCUGUUUUUUUCUUAUUUUCAGCCGAGGAGAACCAGUUCCUUGAAGAAACGGCACCACCGUACCGCAUUCAUUUUCAUUGACAAGUGUCAGAUCUACGACGACGUUUUUCGUAGGAACUGAAAUAACCCUGAAUUUGAGUAACGGUCAAAACUGACUUCGAAUAAAUGUUAGACGAACAGUUUUAAUACUAAUAAGAUACUA